AUGCAGUUCAAACAAUCAUGGCAGGCUCUCCUGCCUCUCUUCUUUGCCGGUUCAGCUACCGCUUCCUGCUCCGUAAAGCAGAUCAAUCUCGUUCAGAACCCUUCCUUUGAAGAUGGACUGAGCCAUUGGAGAGUCUCAGGCGAACUGAAUGUUGUGAGCAGCUCUAGCGCAGCUGACGGCCGUUACUACUUGGAGAACCCCGUCGGCAUCCCCAAUAACGAAAUCGGCCAGAGCAUCAAUGGCCUCGUGAGAGGACAUUCUUACAAAGUAGCCGCGAAAUGGCGCGUCAACCCUUCGUUCACUACAGGCGAAUGUCUCGCGUACAUUUCCACCAACGGCAACCCCGUGGCCGUGAAAGAUAUCACCAUCACUGAAGCAGGCACAGACUGGCUAACUGUCUCCGGUCCCUUCAUUGCCUCUGACCCAAGUCAGGAUAUUUACAUUUCGACCGUGUGCAGACCGGACCCCAUUACCAAGGAGAGCCCGCCUUUCGUAAUGGAUCUAGAUAACGUUGAGAUUCUCACUACCGUUUCCACCUGCUCGAGUAGUGCGGCCCCAUCGUCCACUCCGCUUGCACCUAGCCAGAGCGCAUCGAAGUCUUCAACUCCUUUACCUCAUUCGAGUGCUUCGUCCCAGCCUCCUUCUGUUUCGUCCUCAUCACACCUUGUGACUGUUACUUCGCGUCCUCAUCCUCGUCCUUCGACUACUAUCUCUCGCAGACCUAUUAAGCCGUCUAGCUCUGCUGCUGUCGGCUCGUCUGGUAUUCCUACUGUUACUUCUACAAUUGGUCCUCAGCCUAGUGGAGGCGCUGGCAACGGUAGUGGAUCAGGAUCUGGCUCUGACAAUGGCUCUGACAAUGGCUCUGACAAUGGCUCUGACAAUGGCUCUGACAAUGGCUCUGACAAUGGCUCUGACAAUGGCUCUGGCAACGGGUCUGGCAACGGAUCUGGCAACGGAUCUGGCAACGGAUCUGGCAACGGAUCUGGCAACGGAUCUGGCAACGGGUCUGGCAAUGGGUCUGGAUCUGGUGACAAUGGAUCUGACAAUGGAUCUGGCUCUGGGUCUGGUAACAAUGGGUCUGGCAACGGGUCUGACUCUGGCUCUGGCUCAGGUAACGGCAACGGCUCAGGAUCUGGAUCUGGUAACAAUGGCUCAGAUUCUGGCUCUGAGUUCACCACGUCUACUGUCUUCACCACCCGUACCUCGACUGUCACUGCCUGUGCCGCCACAGUGACCAACUGCCCGGCCAAAAGCACCUACGUGACCACCGAGACGGUCCUUGUUUCCACCACGGUGUGCCCUGUCGCAGAUGCCACUACUACUGGCCCCGGUGGUGCUGUGGUCACUGGUGCUCCAUCGGCUUCCAACGGUGGCCAAGGCCCCCAGUACACCACCGAGACCAUCUUGACUACCCGAGUUGUGACAGUGACUGCUUGCCCUACCACCGUCACUGACUGCCCCGCUCACCAGAAGACAACUUCCGUGACGACCGAGACACUCGUUGCUAGCACCAGCGUGCAUCCAGUUACUUCUACUCCAGCUCCUGCUCCUGCGCAAACUGCCGGAGUGGGUGCUCAGGCCAGCUCUGGUUCCAACUCUGGUUCCAACUCUGGCUCUGGCUCUGGUUCUGGCUCUGGAUCCGAGGCAAGCAACACCAACACCACUGCUCCGCAGGUCACUGCUCCCCCCUCCCUGGGCGCUGAUCAGAUCCCAGUGGUGACUAUCCCUGUCACCAAUGUCGUGACUGUUUACGCUUGCCCUGCCGAGAAGAAGUCUCCCUUCUAG